AUAUAACACUAUAUAUAAGUAAGUAAAGCUUGGUUUCUCUUUCAAAAGCUAAGUUGAGUUCCAAUUUUGCGUCGUUACCAAAAAAGUGAAAGAAAUAGAAAAUAAUUAGAAAAAACUUAGUCCAAAGAGGUUAAGCAGUUUACUCUGCUAGUGGUAAUGGCUCUUCAGGCUGCAGCUUUGGUUCCCUCUGCUUUCUCUGUCCCCAAAGAGGCCAAGACUGGUGCUUCUUUCAAGGAUUCAUGUCUAUUUGGAGUUUCUCUCUCCGACCAUGUCAAAGCUGAAUUCGGCUCUGUUGGACUCAGGAGCAAGAGAGAAUUCAACUUGAGAACUGGAGUAGUCAGGGCACAAACAACUGCCACCACGACCCCAUCAGUGACUAAAGCAGGAGCAGAGGGGAAGAAGACUCUAAGAAAGGGCAGCGUCAUCAUCACCGGUGCCUCCUCGGGGCUUGGUCUAGCCACAGCCAAGGCUCUGGCUGAGACAGGAAAAUGGCACGUGAUCAUGGCCUGCAGGGACUUCCUCAAGGCCGAAAGAGCGGCCAAGUCCGCCGGCGUUGCCAAGGAAAACUAUACCAUCAUGCACUUGGACCUGGCCUCCCUCGACAGCGUCCGCCAAUUCGUCGAUAACUUCAGGCGCUCUGGUCGCCCGCUCGAUGUUCUGGUGUGCAAUGCUGCUGUCUACCAGCCAACUGCCAAGGAACCUUCCUUCACUGCUGAAGGGUUUGAGCUCAGUGUCGGGACUAACCACCUAGGUCAUUUUCUGCUCUCGAGGUUGCUGCUUGAGGAUCUCGAAAAAUCUGAUUACCCUUCCAAGAGACUCAUCAUUGUUGGCUCCAUUACAGGGAACACAAACACUUUGGCGGGGAAUGUACCUCCAAAGGCCAACUUGGGUGACUUGAGGGGACUUGCAGGAGGCUUAACCGGGCUAAACACCUCGCCCAUGAUCGACGGAGGAAGCUUCGAUGGUGCCAAGGCCUACAAGGACAGCAAAGUCUGCAAUAUGCUCACCAUGCAAGAGUUCCACAGGCGAUACCAUGAGGAGACCGGCGUUGCAUUUGCUUCCCUUUACCCUGGCUGCAUUGCCACAACCGGCUUGUUCAGAGAGCACAUUCCUCUGUUCAGGCUUCUCUUCCCUCCGUUCCAGAAGUACAUCACAAAGGGCUUUGUCUCGGAAGAGGAAUCCGGCAAAAGACUUGCUCAGGUUGUGAGCGAUCCGAGCUUGACAAAGUCGGGGGUUUACUGGAGCUGGAACAAGGAUUCAGCUUCGUUUGAGAACCAAUUGUCUCAGGAAGCUAGUGAUUCAGAAAAGGCUCGCAAAGUGUGGGAAAUCAGUGAGAAGCUUGUAGGCUUGGCCUAAUUUGAAACUUUCUUGUUAACUAAAUCUAAAUUUGACUUGAUGAAGAGGUCAAGAAGGAUGGUUUCAGCAGUUAAGAGAGUCCUUUUGUGAGUGCGGGGUUUGAAUUUUUAGAAGCUAUGAUGAUGUUUGUGCAGAGAAAAUUUUCUGUUGUAGAUGAGUAGGCGUUUUGUUAAAGUUAUGAAUAAAAAUCAUUCGCACCUUUGCAAAGUGCAUAUCAA